AUGUCGUCUCCUCCGGCAUCUACGCCUGCUGCAUCUAAGAAAGUCUCGGCUUCUCUUGAACCAUCCAGGUCCAACACUGCAAAAGCUUCUUCUAAAGACAAAUCCGUCUCCUCUGAAUUUGAUGACAUUUUGGUCCCUAAGAAAAAAAUCAAAGGGUUGGUUUCAAAACCUGAGGAGGAAUAUGAGCCUUCCAAAGAUGAAGACAAAGCCGAGGAUGAUGAUGAAGUGGCUGAGGCAGAGUUGGAAGAUUUGACAGAUACUGAGUCUAAGCCAUCUGAGGAAAUUCCUGUUUCAUCAAAGGUCGAUAAAGGUAUGGAAUUCCUCAAUUUGUUGUCAAAGAAGGCUGUUACCUCUCAGCCCAAGUCAGGUUUUGCUUUCAAAGCUCACUCUCAGAAUUUUUGCUUCAAUGGCAAUGAGAAAAAUAUGGUGGUUAAAGAUCUUAAUGAUGAGCUAUUUGAGAAAAACUCCAUCAUGUUUAAAAAGGUAUAUGUUCCUGGGCAUCGGUACUCAUUUAUCCCCACUAAGAUUGCAAAAAUCCUCAAACUUCCCCUUAUUGUUCAAAAUGAUUCCAUUGAUUUUGCCAAAGAUCAGGUCCUCUCCGAAUUAGUUGGUCAAACCAUGGUUUGGGAGCCCAAUACUACUCUCAAAGUAACUGACUUUACUCAUUACUAUGUCGUUCUUCACAAGUUUUCCAUCAACAAUUGGGUACCAACUACUCAUACAUCCAUCAUUCCCUAUGACACAACCUUCUUUCUGUUCAAGAUCGGGGCUGGGGUGAAAAUUGACCUUUCUUCUCUUAUUUUUGAUCAAAUUACUGAUUUAGGCAAUGCCAAGGCAAAGGGUCAAUAUUUGUUCUUUUCUCAUUUGAUCUACAAGUUACUUGAUUCUCAACAACCUCUCAAAUUGGAGUAUGAAACAUUGACCCCUGCAGCUAUUGGUCCGAACUACAAGGUGAAAGAGGAGUCGUCUACUGCCAAGAAGACCAAAGGACUUGAUCUAAAGUCUGAUGUUCUUGAUUCUGCUCUCACUGAUCUUGCUGUUGUCAAAUCUACCUUGGGAAAUGUUCAUAUAGAAGUGAGCAACCUUCAGAACUGUCUCUUGGCAAUUGAGCAGUUUCAGCGUACCAUUUUCUCUCGCCUGCCUGAUGGUCCUUCCACAUGA